AUGACCACUCCCACUGACGCACCACCUUCCUACGACACCGUUGCCGACUCCUCCAAAGCCUACGCAACCCGCAAUGGCAUCCCGCCCGAGCACCGUCGCAGCAUGGAAGACGAGGCGCGCCCGCUUCCACCAGGCUGGAUCCGCCAAUUCGACUCCAAAACCAACCAUCAAUUCUUCGUCGACACCAAGACUGACCCCCCGCGCUCGAUCUGGCACCAUCCCUACGAUGAUGACGAGUACCUUGCCACCCUCCCACCCUACGAACGCGAGCACAUUACCCGUCUGCAGCGGAGUGUCAGCAUGAAGGACAUCGAAGCCGAGAGCAGCGAUGACGAAGCCGGGCCCAGCUCCGCCCGCAAAGGCUCUACGGCCACCACAGGAGGCGAAGACAUCGGCGGUGUUCACCGCUUCGGGCGCCGCCUCAAGGACAAACUCACCAGUUCCAGUCACGAGGAGCGUGAAGCGGGCCGCCGCCGCCGCGAGGAGGAAGAGCGCAAAGCGUAUCGCGCCCAUCUCGCUGCGCGCCAGGCCAUGGCCCGAGCUAUCGAGACCGGGCAGCCGCAGUACGUUGGCAAGGACCAUCAGGGUCGGGAUGUGUACAUUGAGCCGCCGUACGGGGCCAUGGCACCGAUGGGUGCGUACGGGUACAACCCGUAUGCACAGGGUCCGUACGCGGAUCCGAACGCGAGGUUCUAUAGGCCGCAGGUGCCGUAUAGGCGGCCCUACGGUUACGGUUAUGGGGGUGGCUUGGGGCUGCCGCUGGCGGGUGGUAUCCUUGGCGGAGCGAUGCUCGGGGGCUUGUUGUUCUAG